GGUCAAGGACUUUCAAUAUGGAAGACAUGAUCUUAGAAAAUAUUAAAAUUUAGUACAUUUUUGAUCAUAAACUCUUAAUCUUUAUUAAUUUGUCGAGUAAAAUGCACCUUUUUGUCAUGGAAAGAUUAUUUCUUCAGGAGAAUUCUUGAAAUAGGAAUGUAGCCUUCAGGAAAGGGAUGAAAUCUUCGUGUAGCACUAAAAAUAAAUUGAAAAAGUCUGUCACAAGAUCAUGACAAUCUGAAGUGAAAGUGAAAGUAGAUUUUGACAUCACAUGGAUGGACGUUACAGUUAAUACUGGUCGUUCAUAAACUAGAUUCAUGUUGAUAAAAGUGUAAUUCCACAAGGUAUAUGCAUAAUAAAUAACUGAAUCAUUUCCUGAACACUUGAGUUGAAAUGUCUGGGGGGACGACGACAAGGUAUGAAGAAAUUGGGGCAGAUCGACCACUAUUUGGUGAAGCACGGCCCAGAGACCGUGUGGCAAAUUUGAUUGUCGGAGCAUUUACAGCUUUAGUUGUCACAGUGACAGUGGUCAGUGGGUUUAUAUUUCCCGCAGGUGGACCUAAAGGAGUGAAUAUCUACUUUGCUUGCUGCAUUGUAUUUAUUCUAGGAUCUCAUUUAAUACUUAUAUAUUGGUAUAGACAAGUUGUUACAUUUUCCCUUGUUUAUGGAGAUACACCAGCGAAUUGUACAUACCCAGAGAUUCAGGGUACUUGGAUCUUCCAAAUAGGCAAGGGAGAUCAGGGAAAUACCAUCAAAUGUAACAGUUUAGGCCCAGUUGUAAGGACCUUGAAGGUUGACCUAACAUUCCCAGAUGUUGCUGUUGAUCAAGAUGGAAACAAAGGCUUUUGGACUCUUAUUUAUAAUCAGGGCUUUGAGGUUGUGAUCAACAGUCGCAAGUAUUUUGCCUUCUCUAAAUAUGAAGGUAAAGGUGAAAAUGCCACCAGCUACUGUGAUGAAACAAUGCCAGGGUGGUCACAUAACAUCGAUGAGAUGAACUGGGCAUGCUUCAAGGGAAAAAAACAAACAGCUCUUCCCCCUAAGCAUAUGCCCCCUGUAAAAAAAUACAACCAAUAUCAGAUGUACAGGAAUAACAUGGAUCUAGUUAGGAAAAUUAACUCAGUCCAGAGCUCCUGGAAAGCUGCUCCCUACGAUGAACAUGAGACAUUUAACCUGAGAGACAUUGUCAGAAGAAAUGGUGGCAAAAUGUCUAAAAUACACAGUAAGCCAGUGUCAGCCCCCAUCACCCAGCAACAGCUAGAUAUGAUUAGAGACAUGCCUGAUGCCUUCGACUGGAGAAAUGUAAAUGGCACAAAUUAUGUAUCUCCAGUUCGCAACCAAGGGGGAUGUGGGAGCUGUUAUGCCUUUAGCUCUAUGGGAAUGCUGGAAGGCAGACUUCGUGUUGAAACUAAGCUGAAGAAGAAGGACAUCUUCUCUCCCCAAGAUGUGGUAGAGUGCAGCGAAUAUGCUCAAGGAUGUGAGGGAGGAUUCCCCUAUCUAAUCGCUGGUAAAUAUGCAGAGGACUUUGGAGCCGUUGAUGAACAAUGCAAUGUAUACAAGGGCAGAGAUGGACCCUGUCAAACUAAGAAGACUUGUGGGAGAACCUACUCCACAGAUUACCACUAUGUAGGGGGCUACUAUGGAGCCUGCAAUGAGGCUUUGAUGAUCAAGGAAUUGGUGACAUACGGCCCUACAUCAGUGUCAUUUGAGGUCUACCCUGACUUCAUGCACUACAGGCAUGGGAUAUAUCACCAUACUGGACUCAUGGACAAAUUCAACCCAUUUGAAAUCACCAAUCAUGCAGUGUUGCUUGUGGGGUAUGGAGCCGAUAAAAUGUCAGGGGAGAAAUACUGGAUCGUUAAAAACAGUUGGGGGACUGGAUGGGGAGAGGAUGGCUUCUUCAGAAUCAAGAGAGGAGCUGAUGAGUGUGCGAUUGAAAGCAUUGCAGUUGGUGCCAAGAUUUAUAUGGAAUAA